AUGCGUCUCACAACAAUCUUCCUCUCCCUCGCCUCCCUGGCCGUUGCCGCCGAGCUCGGCAUCGAAACAACCCACAAGGUCGAAUGCACCCGCAAGACCCAGAAAGGCGACACUGUCUCUAUGCACUACCGCGGAACCCUGCAGGCCGAUGGCUCCGAGUUCGACGCAAGCUACAAGCGCGGUGUACCACUGAAAUUCAAGCUGGGAACCGGCCGUGUUAUUAAGGGAUGGGACCAAGGUCUUCUUGAUAUGUGCAUCGGCGAGAAGCGCACCCUGACUAUUCCUCCCGAGUUUGGAUACGGUGACCGUGGCACUGGUCCUAUCCCCGGCGGCUCGACUUUGAUCUUCGAGACUGAGUUGGUUGCUAUUGAUGGUGUUGACAAGGAUGAGCUGUAA